AUGAGCCCAGCAGAAGCUGCCAGCCGGCUUCAAACAUCACUGACUCACGGCCUGUCUCCCACCGAAGCCUUGAACCGACUCAGCGACUAUGGACCAAACGAAAUCCCCCACGAACCCCCCGAACCUCUAUGGCUUCGAUUUAUCAAACAAUUCCAAGAGCCGCUUAUUGUGCUUCUGCUCGUCUCGGCCGGGGCCUCCAUAUUUCUGGGUAACAUGGAUGACGCGGUCAGCAUCACGGUAGCGGUUACCAUCGUCGUUUCGGUUGGCUUCGUACAAGAAUAUCGGUCGGAAAAGUCAAUAGAGGCACUCAGCCACCUGGUCCCAAAUCACGCCCACCUUGUUCGGUCAGCCACCAGCAAGACACCGGGCAGCGCCCGGACUCCCACAUGGCCGCCGCAGGGUCCUAUGGAUGGCACCGAGUCGGUCGACUCUACUACGCCGGGCGAGGAAAUGCUAGAGGCAACCUCUUCCAAGGUCAUGGCCUCGCAGCUUGUGCCAGGAGACCUUGUCUACUUCACUACGGGUGAUCGUAUACCAGCAGAUAUCCGGGUCACUAAGGCAGCAGAUCUCACUAUCGACGAAUCGAAUCUCACUGGAGAGAAUGAACCGGUCCGGGUCACGGCCGAAACAAAAGCACGAAGUCUCUUGUCCUCUGCAUACGGGGCCGACACCCUUCAGCUUCCGAGUCCCUCCGCCCUAUCUGACAGCCGGGAUGCUGGCGGAAAUGGCGAUAAUAACAUCGCCUGGAUGGGCACCUUAGUAAGGUCCGGUCACGGCCAGGGUGUCGUCUUCGCAACAGGCGGACACACCAACUUCGGAACCAUUGCAACUAGUGUUUCUGGGACAGAGAGCCCACGCUCACCGCUUCAACUUUCCAUGGACGACCUUGGCUCUCAGCUGAGCAAAUUCUCCUUUGGCGUCAUCGGUCUCAUUUCCUUGGUCGGCUGGCUUCAGGGAAAGAAGUUGCUUGAGAUUUUCACGAUAUCGAUCUCUCUCGCUGUUGCAGCCAUCCCGGAAGGCUUACCAAUCAUUGUAACUGUUACCUUGGCUCUCGGUGUUCACAGAAUGGCCCGCCACAAUGCUAUUGUGCGCAAGAUGCCCAAGGUAGAGACCCUGGGCUCGGUGAAUGUUGUAUGCACCGACAAGACAGGAACCCUUACCAUGAACCACAUGACAACCGCCAAGAUGUGGUACUUUGGUGCCACGGACGCCAUUGACGUUGAAUCCGACGAUGAAGCCACAGAGACGAAGCCGGACCCUGCCACUUUGCGUAUUUUGCGCAUUGGUAACAUUGCGAAUAACGGUCGUCUUGCACAGCAGUACACAGAGAACGGCGCAGCUGCCAGGGCUGUACUUUCGUCCACACAGGGAACAGACUUUGCUUCGACUUACACACGCUGGUGCGGACAACCUACCGACGUCGCCAUGCUUGACUUGCUUGACAGAUUCAAGGAGCAUGACGUUCGCGAAUCCAUUGGCCCGCGUCUUAGCGAAACUCCCUUCAGCUCUGAGCGUAAAUGGAUGGGUGUUACUAUUGGAACUAACGACAAGGAGUUCGCCUACAUGAAAGGGUCCAUUGAUCGAAUUCUCGAAGCAUGCGACACAUAUCUUACUCGCGACGGCCGAGAGAUCGUUCUCGACUCCGUGCGCCGUCAAGAGGCGUUGCAAGCUGCAGAGGCCAUGGCCUCGAAAGGUCUUCGCGUGCUCGCUUUUGCCAGUGGCGCUGUUUCGCGAUCUAGGGGUAGAACCACACUGGGACCGACUAGUCGUACCAACACUCCGGUUGAAAGCCCCCGUCCUCAGCCUAUGGACGAGACUUACAGAGGCCUCACAUUCGCUGGCUUGGUCGGUAUGAGUGACCCCCAAGGCCUGGCGUUGGCAAGUCAAUUAGGAGACUACUGCGCGGAGGGGUCAGAGUCGUAA